AUGUCUGCUUUAAGAACGAGGCUUAGCUCUGUUCCAAGACUAAAAUACAAUGCAGUCGUCUGUCAAACUUUCUUCCAGCAUUUGGAAGGGGUGCAAAAGCUAUCCUGCAACCGUACAUUUUGCAUCCAUCUAGCUAUUGCCUAUCUAAAAAUUCAUUUAGUUGUGCCAUAUUUUUAUUUGCUUCUUCUACUUUUUAUUUAUUUGUGCAUCAAUUACGGCUUCAAACAUCAACCCGAUCGUUCGUUUUUAGGCUACUUGGUCAAAGUAACUAGUAAGAUUGAUUUAUUGGACUACUGCUGCAUUGAACUUAAACUACACCUCUUAUUGUGUCGGUGUGUGUUUAAAUACUUGUGGAACUACCCAAGCUGCCAUGAAGACCAGAUAGUGAACGUCUACGCUGCACUUAUAGCAAAGUUAAAGAUCCUGCUUGCCACCGUUCAGACAUCUGAUGGUGUUGGUAAACUCAAAUCUUAUGCUAGACUUGUUUAUCAUUCUUGUGUACAGUUUUCUUCUAAUUGUAGUGAUUUUGCAAGGAAACAGGGAUUAUGUGAUGGCAUGGUAUUUGCCUGCCCAGCAUCUUUGGAAAAGGUAGAUUGUGCUACAACGAAUUGCGAAGACAACAUUGAAUGUAGGCGGCAAUUUGAUUUUAUUCCUUGUGUUCCUCUUCCACCGUCUUUUUCACAAACACGUGCCUCUGCUUUUCCAGUCAACUCUAAAUCGUCAAGGCCUGUUCAAUUUCACUGGGGUUGGGAAGACUUUAAAUCUAAAAAUAUCUGCGCUAAUGGUAAUGAAAAGGCCGAUCAUUUAACUCGAAUUCUUGUAUGGAAAGGUGAUUCGGCCAAUUUGCACUUCGGUGGCAUCUGUUAUGGCACGGAAAUAAAAUAUUUGUGGCAAAUUUUGAAAGAGUGGGGAAUAAAUUGGGUGACUAAAGAAAAUUUUCUUGUUCUACAUAAGCCCCUAUUAAUGAAAUAG